AUGGCUUCGGCCCGAACAGAUCCCGUCCCCCGCACGAGAGCCAGCAUUCGUCAAACAACUACCGUGAUCAAGUAUGUGAAUACGGAUACAUCUCAAAAUGGUCAGAGAACGAAUUGGAUGCCCCAAAGUGAUGCAAUGCCAAUGGGCACGACUGCUGGUGAUAAUCAAGAGACGAACUUUGAAAGAAGUCCAGGAGUUCAUGAUCCUGUGCAAGAAACAGAAAUUGUAGUGAACGAGGAUGAAAUUGGGACUGAACAACAAUCAACAGAUUUUGCCAACGGAUUGGCUGUUCCACCGACUGCUGGAAUUCCAAACGACAACUCGCAGCAAAACGAACAAAACUCGGAAACGCUUGUCGGGAAUGUAUCGAAUGCCGUGAAUGGUGCGGUGUCAGAGAUGCAUGAACCAUCUGGAAGAGAUCUAUCAGAAGGAAUCGAUGCUGUGAUCGGAGGAAAUGACGAAUCGAUAGCAUCUGGAGCGACGUCCUCGACUGUUUUCCGCUUGUGCCCACCAACUCCAUCCAGUACCACCAGUUCUGACUACGAAUAUCUCAGAGGACUUGGAAAAUCUUUCUCAUUAGUCAACGUUAUUUUGAAUGAUCCAGAUGAUACGACGACUCUUCUAGCAGGAGCCUUGGAGUGCGGUGUCAUUGUUUCGAGAACUGUCAAGCUUCCAUUCGGAAAAGAUCGAUACAUUCAGUACUUCGACCUCAAAGAUAAACGCGAAGAAAACAAGUUGAAACGUAUAAAAGACAAUUCUUCUCCAUUCUUCUACCAUUUUGUUAAGCACGAAGUACCCCUUCGCCUGCUGCCUCACUGCACAAAGUUCCGUGAGCUAGGAUCCUACCGCUCCAUCCUCAAAAAAUCGUUUUGUCAAAAGCAUGUGGGAUUGUGUCUUAAAGACUGGUGCUUGAUGGAUUCGGUUAGGAACGAAAAGGGAGAGAACGACUUGAGGGAAAUCGUGAAGAAGAGAAGAAGUGACAUUUCGACUGCCGUUUUGUCCAGUGGAAAACGGCCGAAACAAACUGAAAAUUAA